ACACCACAGCUAUCGAUAACUCGACGAAAACUUGGCUGACGAGCGUGUGUGCGCUGCUCUGUUCGUGUACACUUUAUUUUCAAUUGGUGAAAAUUGUUAUAAAACUAACGAGGAAAUAUGUGAAAAUAGGAAAAUACCUAUUCAGACAGUCGAACUGUGCGUGCACAAUCGAAUUGGCAACGCCCCUACCGUGGAAAGCAGCUGAAAAGCAUAAAAUAACAAAGGCGUUUGGUUGAACGACGGUCAAAGGCAAAUAGACCCUGUAACCGACCGUUCCAAUACAGUUGUGUAUAUUUAGUGUUUUCAACUAAGUAAUUUGACGCAAGUAAGAAGUAUAAAAUAAAAAACGGCCAACGCAAAGCAAAAGUACAGUGAAAAUUGGUCGAUUGUCGGCGCACGAAGACGAACACGAUUAAGAAGAAGCAAACGAAACAAACGAGAAAGAGAAUUGAAACGGCGAUUUCGCAGUCGUGUGUGUGUCUGUGGAGUGCGCGCGCGUCUGUAUGUGUGAGGGUGGAAUAUAAACAAAAAAUUAACAAUACGAAAAGUCAAGAACAAUUGCUCUAUUUGGCGAAUUCCAAAAAUGUCACAUUUGCCAUUGGAUGCUCGGGCUAUUCUGCAGUAUCUAAAUGAUUUGGGCUAUAGGAAUAUAUCGGCCGAGCAACUCCGUGAAUUUCUGAAAGACUUGCGCAAACUCAUCAAGUAUGAGGAACGUCUGGCGGAGAACGCAAAGGAGGACAAUUUCAGCAGCCUGCAUAAACGGGGCACCGUCAGCUCACGUGCCAAACUAGGUGUUGAUAAGGACAAGGAGAAUGCGGCGCCACCAUGUCCAUGCUCAUCUGACAAGGAGAAGGAGUCGAAGACUGAGCGGGAUGACGACCAGCAGCAGCGCUCCCGUGGCGGCGCUGGCUUUGGGGACUUGGCUCGACUUUUCAAAGAGAAACUCCUGAUGGAGGCAUCCGUACCUCCUCCGGCGACCAUGGAUUUGUUCACCGAACAGUCUCAAGCAAACGGAAAGCGUCGCAGUCGCAGCAAGACUCGUCAUGGUAAAGAGCCCGUGUCCAGUGGUGAAUCGGAAGCACAUGAAGUCCGUCCAAGGACGCAACGCCGCCGGCGCAGCAAGUCGCAUCCGCGUAGUGCUAGUAGGGGAUCCACUUGUGCUCGCCGUCGUGGAAAAUCCAGGAACUGCGAUCCGGUGGCACUGUUUCAGUACUACCAGAAGGAGUGGGCACAUUUCCGCAGCCAGAUCCCCGGCGAGAAUGCCCAUAUAAAUGCCCGUCACAAGAUAAUGGAUCCGAGGAAGUGAAGAACAUAUUUUCAAUGCAGCUAUUAUUUUAACAAUCCCAUACUUCGAUCGAUUCCGCUGUUUAACUACAGUCAUCUUUUAUCACUUCUAUUUAUAUUUUAAUUCAUUUUUGAUCCGAUUAUUACCUUUAAAAAACUUCAGAAGUCGAAUAAAGCGAAAAUUAGUCGUUUAAAUUCUA